AUGGUGGGGCGGCUCAGCCUGCGGGAGGUGCCCGACCUCCCGGACAUGAGGAAGCGGGGCGACUCCGGCCUCGACAGCCCCGACUCCGGGCUGCCCCCCAGUCCCGGCCCGGCCCCGCCGCCCUGGCUGCUCCCCUCGGGCAGCCCCGAGCGCGCCGCAGCCAACGGGCUCCCGGAGCCCGAGCCGCCCGCAGCCUCCGCAGCGAGUUCUGUGUUCUCCCCCAGCCCCGUUCUCUCCAGCUGUCCUCCAAGACUGUGUCCUUUAUCCUUUGGCGAAGGAGUUGAGUUUGACCCUUUACCACCGAAGGAAAUAAGGUACACGAGCUCGGUGAGGUACGACUCGGAGAAGCAUUUCAUCGCCGACGUGUUCCUGCCGGUGGGGCUGAGCGUGGCGGCCUGCAGCCAGACCAUCGUCUGCGUCCCCGACUGCUCCUGGCGCAGCUACAAGGCCGAGGUGCGCCUGGAGCCUCGCCACCGGCCCCGGCGCUUCACCAGCACCACCAUCAUCUACCCCAAGCACGCCAAGACUGUCUACACCACCACGCUGGACUACAACUGCCGCAAGGCCACGCGCAGGUUCCUCUCCAGCGUGGAGCUGGACACCUCGGAGUGCCUCGGCCCUGACGGCUGCUGACCGCGGCCACCCUCCGGCCCACGC